GGCGCGGCGAAGGUUCCGGAGCCCGCGCGCGCCCCCCGCCCCGCCCGCGCCGCCGCCGCCGCCGCUGUCACCGUCACCGCCACCGCUGUCAGCAGCCGGCUCCGGUGCGGACACCCCCGCAGCGGCAGGUACCUUUGCUGAGAGGUGGCAGAGCAGCCUCAGGACACCGCCAUGAUGGAGGAUCACGCACCUGGCCAGGAAAAGCACUUCUCAUCAGGCUAUCCCCUUCAGAUACCAGUCGAUGAUGGAUCGGAUGAGCCUGUUUCUGAAACAUCUGACGCUAAGAGCACCCCAACUACGGAAGAUGCCACAGCACCUUUAGUGGAGGAAGGAGACCACGAGGAUCAGGGUGGUGCGGAACAGCACGGGGAGAUCCCAGAAGGAACCACAGCUGAAGAGGCGGGCGUAGGAGCCACUCCCAACCUGGAGGACCACGCUGCAGGAGAUGCCACUCAAGGUCGUGUUGACAAGGAAGGGACCGAAGCUGAUGAAAAGAAACCCAAGAAAUCCUCACCUUGCCCUGCCAACCCCCCUGGCUCCACUGCAGCCCCUCCGAAAGCACCCAGUGCCCCCAAAGCACCCAGCAGCCCUGCCAGUGCCUCCCAACGAGCCUGUCCUGCCACCCCCCGGCCUGCCAGCACAGGAAUGCAGGAAAACAGAGCCAAGGGCCCGGAGGCGCGGGCUGGCUCCAAGGCGGGCUCGGCGCGCGCGGGGCAGGCGCAGAGGAACUCCACCAACGCCACCCGCAUCCCGGCCAAGACCCCCACGGCCCCCAAGACCCCUCCCAGCUCCGGCAGAAAGGAGCAGAAAAAGCCACCUCCUGCAGCAGCAAAGACUGAGAAAGGUGAGCAGCCCAAGUCUGGAGACAGAAGCGGUUACAGCAGUCCCGGCUCCCCCGGGACUCCAGGCAGCCGUUCCCGCACCCCCUCUCUGCCCACCCCACCAGCCAGGGAGCCCAAGAAGGUGGCAGUGGUUCGCACGCCCCCGAAAUCUCCCGCCUCCGCCAAGACCCGCGUCCCGCCCGCCGCCGCGCCCAUGCCCGACCUGAAAAACGUCAAGUCCAAAAUCGGCUCCACCGACAACCUGAAGCACCAGCCCGGAGGUGGCAAGGUGCAGAUAAUUAAUAAGAAGCUGGACUUUAGCAGCGUUCAAUCCAAGUGUGGCUCAAAGGAUAAUAUCAAACACAUCCCGGGCGGAGGCAGUGUGCAGAUAAUUAAUAAGAAGCUGGACUUUAGCAGCGUUCAAUCCAGGUGUGGCUCAAAGGAUAAUAUCAAACACAUCCCGGGCGGAGGCAGUGUGCAAAUCGUUUACAAGCCAGUCGACCUGAGCCAUGUGACAUCCAAAUGUGGUUCCCUGGGCAACAUCCAUCACAAACCAGGUGGUGGCCAGGUGGAGGUGAAAUCUGAGAAACUGGACUUCAAAGAUAAGGUGCAGUCGAAAAUCGGGUCCCUAGAUAACAUCAGCCACGUCCCUGGAGGAGGCAAUAAAAAGAGAGAGAAAGGCAAGGAAGACAAGACCUGGACCCCGAGCCCAGACCCCGCUGGGCUCCAGGCCCUGGUGCUGGAGCCACUCAGCCCCAUGGAGAGCCAGCCCCCAGCCUUGCACUCGGCUGGGGAGGGCACCUAUUGAGACUCACAAGCUGACCUUCCGCGAGAACGCCAAAGCCAAGACCGACCACGGCGCCGAAAUCGUCUACAAGUCCCCGACCAUCUCCGGAGAUGCCUCCCCGCGCCGCCUUAGCAACGUCUCCUCCACCGGCAGCAUCAACCUGGUGGACUCCCCCCAGCUGGCCACGCUAGCCGACGAGGUGUCCGCCUCGCUGGCCAAGCAGGGCUUGUGAUCGCAGCGCGGCGGCCACCGGGAGAGAAGACAAGGAAAGGAAACGAAAAAGAAAAGAAACAAAAAUAAUAAUCUGGCCUUCUUCCUCUGUUCCUUUUACAGCUGCUUCCCCGUCCCUAACUGGUUAAUGAUUUAACCUGCUUUUACUGUUCAUUCAGCUCUAGCUCCAGGACUUCAAAAUCAGUGACACUAUGAGGUACAAAACCUCCUCUCCCCCUGCUCCUCGGAGCGCACAGCCCGUCCCGUCGCGUCCCCGCGCUCCCCCUGCUCCUGCCCUCGCUGUCCCAGCCCUGCCCGGGGCCCCCGGCGAGGCGGGGAGGGGGCCCGAGGGGCGGCCACAGCACGACGCUGACCCGAGCACCCCGCACCAGCACCGGGCAGCGGGUGGCCCUCCCGGGAAGGGGCUGUGACCUGGCCCAGCUCUGUCCUGCCGCUGGCCGGGCUGGGUGCGCAGCCAGGGCUGCGGGGAGGUGCCCUCCCUCCCUCCUUCCCUCCCCGCGUUAAAUUUGCCUGCUGAUUUGGAAGAAACCUUUUGUUUUUAUUUCCGAAAGCCGAGAUGUGUAUGAAGAUAACGGCCAGGUACCCCCUAACCCGCUCUCAGCUCCGGCAGCUGGAGUCCCGGCGAGGCCGGGUGCCCGCUCCGAGGGGCCCCGGGCGGCCGUUCCCCUCUCCGUGGCUGUGCUGGAACCGCUGAGUGGAUGAGUAGAGGCUUUUCCCCAUUCCUUUGGCAGCCCCUCGUGUCGUAGAGUAGAUUUGUCUGUAUAUGCUUGGACCGUGCCAGGGUGAUUGUUUUCAUAAACGAGCAUGUGUUUGAAAAAUAAAUGCUGUAAGUAGUUUUGAGCUGCCCCGCGCCGGCUCCGGCCGUGCCCAGCCCCGGUGCCGCAGGAGGAGCCCGGCACCGCAUGUCUGCCGGAGGAGGGGCACCCACAGCUCCAGGGCUGGGAUGGCUCCUGGAUUUGGGUGCAGCUUGUGACAUUUUUGGGUUGUUCUUUUUCUUUCCCUGCAAGGUCAGCGAUGGCGGAGGUGGCAGCUCCAUGGCUCUGCUGCGCCGGUGGCAGCGGUGAGACCCCGGCAGGACGCGGGGGAGGCGGCAGCAGCUCCCCCAGCCCGGGGCCUGCGGCUGCUCCCUGGCACUGAAGCCCCUUUGCGGGCGCUCCCCGGUGUGAGUUGGCAGCAUCUCACCCCUCACACAGCACUGACCACCCCAGCACACUCGGGGACAGGAGCCAGUCGAGUUCUUGCUUUGGCUGCUCUUGUUCCUGUGGCUCCCUGCGGAGCACGAGGGUGUCCCGUGGCUGUCCCUGCCUGCCCCUUCCCUCUACAACCAAAGAGGCCGAGAUGCCACCGGAGCAGCUGUGUGUGCCCUGCCCUGUCCUCCUGUCUCCCCCAGGAGCCCCAGCUGAGCUCUGGGGGUUCAGCUGGAGCUGGGAGGGCAGAGGGGGCCCCUGCACCCCCGGGCUGUGCUGCAGGGAAAGCCGUGCUUUCCCAGCAAGGGCUGCAAUCCUGGUCCGACAGGGCUGGCGGCGGGUCAGGGCCCCUGGUUGUCCUUGGGGUGGUGGCUGGGUGCCACCGAGGCUGCCAGAGCAGCUGUUCCUGGGCAGAGCAGCAAUUCCUCCCCGGACAGGACCCGUGGGAGCUGUGAACCCCCUCUCACCCCUGUCCCUCUGCAGGGCUGGGCUGCCACAGGCCUGGCUGUGGAUGGAGAUGGUCUGGGGGGUCCAACCCUUCUGUGUGCAGCCCCAGGAGCUGCUUUAUUGCUGGGGAGAGGCUGGUCCAGCAGCACCAUCAUGUCCAGCUUGUCACUCGCUCCGUUCACUUGACUCCAUGAUUGUAAGACUCUGUGCUCCGUCCCUGACUCUGUAGCGCUGUAGGAGCCGCCGCGCUUUUUGUCCUUUGUAGAACGAGCAAGUUGGGAGAACCCUCAAAGCAUCACCUCCUUACCCCUCUGGGCUGCAGGACGGGAUAGCUGAGCUCGCCCGUCCUGUGCCACCCCUGUCCCCUCCGUGCAGCCCCUGAGGGACACCAGCACCCAGGGUGGGAUGGCCUCGGUGCACCGAGCUCCAGUGAGCAGCCCCUUCCUACUCUGAGUGUCCUCAGCCCCGGCUGUUGUCCCCCCCGGGGGCUGUGGGGUGCCAGGACAGCCCUUUACAGCCACCACGUCACCCGCUGUCCCCUCCAGCAGCCCGAGCCACGUCCCCUGCCCCAACCCUGCCUUCAGACCCAGGCCCGAGGGUCCGGUGAGCAGCCGGACAAAACCUGACCCCCGGCUUUUCCUUUACUCCACACACAUCUUGGGUCUGAAAAGGGUUAAAACCGGCACUGAUUAAAAAAAAAAAAAAAAAAAUUCGUAUUUCUGCACUCCAAAAGAUUCUGCGUGUUAGCCAAGGUCGGUGCCAGCCUGUGUGGUGUUGGCAGCCCCGUGCCCCCCGCGCCGAGCCGGGGAGGGAAGGUUUGAUCUCAGUGUAUCAUUCUAGCUUAGCUUCUGUCUGUGGGUGUCCAUAGUGUAUCGUGUGUUUAACAACUGGUUUACACUGUUGCCGUAAAAGUGAAUUUGGAAAUAAAGUCAUUACUACGAUAA